AUGGCAUCCAAGGAACUCCGCCCCACCCUUGGCACGGGUGUGCCUAAGACGCGCAAGCGCAACAUCCAAACCAAGCUUGAUCCCGACACAUUCCGCACACGUCUCUUCGAGGAGCUAGAAAAGCACGGCAUCUCGGCGACCAUCAUAUCGCCACUUUCCAGCGAUGAGUUUGACUACCACCGUUACGGGGAGGUCUUUUGCGAAGUCAUGCUUGCGGGAAACAUCGUCGAGCCCGGCGGGGCAGUCCGAACCAAUCCACCCCCGACAGAGCACUGCGUCUUCGCCGCGAAGAACUCAGACGCCGUCCUGGCCGUCGUCGACAUCAUGCAUCAGCUCAUGCGUCGCAAGCCCUUUUUGCGUGCGAGAUAUGAUCUUGUCUUUACAAAACUGCUUUCGUGUCUGGCUGUUUUCGAGGAAGUCCCGCGCGCGAAUCUCGCUGUCGCUAUCGCGUCCAUGCUGGAACGCCAGAUGCUUUCUCCGGUCGUCCUCAAAUCCCUGUCAUCUCAGAGUGCAAUCGCUUCCGGAAUCGCCCUUGACUUCAUGACCGCCAUCAUCACUUCUUUCCUCGAGCAGAACAACCAGUCCAUCGACAAGCUCAUGGCCCUACUCAAAUCUGCCGGUAUUGAUACCGGCACUAUGGUAAACAUGAUGCCAUCCGGAUCGCGCUCCGCAGACGCCUUGUCGGAACAUUUCGCCGCUCUAGGCUUGGACAAGCUGGUGGAGCAGAAUGAGCGACGAGUCAAGGCUGACAAAAUCCGCACGCUUCGCGACGGCAUCUCCGAGCGCCUGGAGCGCCUGGGCGCUGUCCCCAUAGAGGAGGUGGUUCAGUUUGUCAAGACUACACGCGAGGAGACCGGCCUGACAGAGACAGAGAGCGUGCACGCCGCCUGGGCGGGCGUCGUCAUGUCUGUCAACAUGUCGCGUAAGACGCAGCAGAACCGUACGGCACUGCUCAUGGCCACGCAGAAGGGUGCGCCGUUGUUGGAACAGGUAUGCGCAAGUGGGGCUAUGCAAAUAGUACUUAUUCAACAAGUACAGGCCUACGUGUCGGCAGACAUGGAACUGCUCAAGAUUGCCGUCUUUUGCGACGUUAUUAAUCUACUGUAUCGGAAGGACGUGCUUGUUGAGGAGGCCAUCCUGAGAUGGUUCCGUCGGGGAAUGAGAUUGGAGAAGGGAUCGGCCGCAAGUAGCAACAUUAUACGCGAACAGAUGAUCCCAUUCGUCAAAUGGUUGGAGACGGCAGAGGAGGAGAGCGAGGAAGAAGGGGAAGCGGCCUAAGGCCGUCGGCAACUGCAAAAGAGGGGCAGAAGUUGAGGAGGUUGUUCGACGGCGAACAGGAGUAAAAAGUUUUGUGUUAAAGA